CUUUAACUUCAUUGUUUGAGAGGGUGAGGUGUUAUGCCCUAGGUGUCUGAAUGUUUAAAAUAUCUUGCUUCUUAAAGAAGCCACAAAUCCUCACAGGGCAGGACCCUGUGACAGACCCAUGAAUCAGAAUAUACCUUUAACAACCCCUCACCCCCUCCCCUUGUGAAUUUUAUGCUCAUUAAAGACUAGGGUUCAAGCCAACGAGUUCUCUCUUUCUGUGUGACCUUUGUCAGAUUACUUACCCUCUCUGGGCCUCAUUGAUAAACUAUCGGUAAACUCAGGUAUAAACUCACUAGUAAGCCAGGGAGCAGAUGUGUUCAUGCGGGCGUGCUGCCCGUUUCCAGCCCAUAGGAGAAGCUCUGCAAAUGACAGUGAUGACGAUAAUGUCAACACGGCCAGAGUGACCUCCUCCCAGAGAGAAGAUUUGUUUCAGUGACGGACAUGCUGUCACGGGCUCUUUUCCCAGAAGCUGACCAGAAGAAGCUGAGGCUCUGAGGUUUCUCCCAGCCCCCGCCCCCACCCACCCACCACCACCACCAACGAAGUAGAGUGGUUUCCCUGCUAAUGGAUUGCUUCUCCCUGAGAAACGGCCUCCACCCUGGUGAGAGCCCCAAGGUCUAGUCUGUGAACUCAGCUGGGAAACACCGCUGUAAAAAUGACCACUGAAGAGCCUGUCAAGGAGAUUCUGGGAACCCCAACACCUCCCAAGCCGGGAACAACGGAGAAGAGCCCCAAGAGUGAAGUCGUAAUCACCACGGUCCCUGUGGUCAGCGAGAUCCAGCUGAUGGCCGCCACCGGGGGCGCUGAGCUCUCCUGCUACCGCUGCAUCAUCCCCUUCGCCGUGGUGAUCCUCAUCACCGGGAUAGUGGUCACAGCCGUGGCUUACAGCUUCAACUCCCACGGCUCCAUCAUCUCCAUCUUGGGCCUGGUCCUUCUCUCCUCGGGACUCUUCUUGCUGGCCUCCAGCGCCUUGUGCUGGAAGCUGAGACAGAGGCACAAGAAAGGCAGGCGACGCGAGAGCCAGACAGCGCUCAUGGCAAAUCGGAGGAGCUUGUUUGCUUAGGACUGAAAGAGACCGAGUGAGGCCCGAGGCUGCGCAUCCUGCCUCCCCUGCGUCAACCAGUGCACCCCCAACUCCUGUGGGAGAGGUCGGACUUGGCACAGGAGCGGACGAGGGGAAUUGGAGUGGGUGGAGGAGGGGUGGGGGGCAGAUCCUCAUGUGGGAGAAAUGACUUGUAUCUUCUCUAAUGACAAACUUAACUCUAAGGGCUAUUUCUCAGAUUGCAGAAUAAGCUUUUUCUCCACAUUAAACCUUGUCAGGGUCAUGGGAGGUGUGCAGCAUGAGACAGCAUUUGGUUCACCUUGGAAAGGAGCCAAGAAAAGACGGGAAAACAAUUGGAUGGUUCUGGCACACAACCCACAACCUAGGUAUGUGACCCGUCUCCCUGUGAAAUAACCCACAGGCAUAAGAAGCUGUAUCGCAAACAUGUGCUGCCGAGAGUCUCCAUGGCCUUGGACUUGGCAUACUUCUAUGAAAUUCUGUGAUAACUUGUUUUUUCAAUAAGUUGAUUGUCUGGCACCUGUUUUACUUGUUUUUCAGUAACUCAUGACUGACUGGUGGUACUUUCUCUUGAAGAAUAAACUAAUGUUUUUUAUGUUUUAACGUUGGACAAUGUUAGAUGAUUAUAGUGAUGUAUCCAAAGUAAGAAAGAGGUGAAAGGUAAAACUACUAGAUGACAUAGGAUAGGGGAUUAAAUUAAUAUUAAAAUAACCCAAUAUAGCACUUUUGAUGAUUUUUAUAUAAAAGUUUAAUGUACAUUUUAUUCGAAAUAAUAAAUACUCAUUGCUGCUGACACUUCUUAAA